UUUGUAACUUGCCUCUGACAGAAAUACGGUGUUGCAGAAGGAAGGCCUUUGACUGACCUCAAGGCUAUGGCAAAGGCUGCUGGAGAGCAAUGUCCUUCAUUCACACCUUCUGGAGGAGAAACACUGGAUGAAGUAAGAGAACGUGCGAGGGAUUUUUUUGAAUUUCUGUGUCGGCUAGCUGUUGAGUUGGAGCACAAAGAGCAAGAAGUGGAUGGUGCGGCAAGCAGAAGCUCAAGAACAUCUGAAGAACAGUUAGUUUUCCCUUGGACAAACCACUCCAGUGAAGCAGAACUUAGCUCUGAUAAUGGUGGAGCUUCUAAAACGUUAGAUGCCAAUAUAUUAGUGGUGAGUCAUGGAGCCUACAUGAGGAACUGGAUUGGUUAUUUUGUUUCAGAUCUCAACUGUACUUUACCAACAAAUCUAACAAAGUCUCAGUUGUCUUCUGUUAGUCCCAAUACAGGAGUUAGUCACUUCAUUGUAAAACUUGAAAAUGGCGAUUUGUUAAAACCUGAAAUCACAUGUGUGUGUCUUAAUCAAGACUCUCACUUAGUGGAUGUGGGAGCUGAGUGUGUAGCUCCGAAAGUGUUUUAA